AUGCCAAACCUCCGCUGCUGCUCGUCUUCCUCCCUCUCGCUGCCCGCCGAGAGCUACAUCUACCAGCUCUGCGCGGCCGGCCCGGCGUCCCUUGCAGCCAUCUCAUCAGACAACUCGCUACGCCGCUUCGACCGCAGCUCCCUGGCGCUUCUGCCGGACGGGCUGGCUAAGGAGACGCAUGCGGCGGGCGUCAGCUCGCUUUGUGCUGCGGGUGAUGGGCUGCUGGCGACCUGCGGGAAGGACGGGACGGUCAAGCUCUGGGACGCUCGCCGGGCUGGCGCCGUAGCUGUCUUUCAAGCUGAUAAAGGCAUGCCAUUGCUCUCGUUGGCCUGUAAUGCAUCUUCUCAUUCAAUUGUUGCUGGCACGGAGCUGGUAAAGCCAGACGCCUUUGUCCUAUUUUGGGACACACGAUCACCAGGGAAAACCUGUCGUCAGUACGUUGAAAGCCACAACGACGAUGUCACAGAGAUACAAUUUCACCCUUCUCGCCCUUCAAUACUUCUGUCAGGCAGCACGGAUGGCCUGGUAAACAUAUAUGAUACCACAGUCCCCGAGGAGGAGGAUGCUUUAGUACAAGUAGUCAAACAUUCUUCCAUACAUCAUGCGGGUUUCAUGCAAGAUAAAGCCGUCUAUGCCCUCUCUCAUGAUGAAAUGUUCUCCAUCCAUCCAGUAACUUCUGCAGAUGAAGACGAUAGCCACGCUGAUGAAGUCAAGGCCGCUGAAUUUGGGGAUCUGCGGCCGGUGCUAAAGGCAGAGUAUGUGGUGCAGGUUCUGGUUGAUGCAGCUGGGAGCUAUGUUGCGUCCGGCAGGACAAGUGAUCGGAGUCUAUCAUUGACGCCGCUGGUGCAUACUCCAAAGUUUCAUUUUGAGCAGUCGAAUUCGUGGAUGCUGCCGGGCGCUCAUGGAGAAGAAGUAGUUCGUUCAGUACUUUUUGACAGCGAGUCACGGACGAUUUAUACAUGUGGUGAAGACGGCCAUGUAAGGCUGUGGAAGGAGGAGUCUGCUUCAUCCGCCGAGAUUUCGUCUAUACGGCCUACCAAACAGCGCAAGGAAAAGGGGUACAAACCUUACUAA